GCCCCACCCCGGAGGCAGGCGGACUGUGUCCCCGCCCCCGUUUUGGAAUUGGCCAGACGUCCUCGCACCUAGGCGAGCGGAAGCGAGCUCGAGGUGUAGCUGUCGGGGCGCCCCUCUAACGUCCUCUGGACGGGUUAACCUCGGCUAGUCCCCCCAACUUUAAAGCCAUGGCCUUUUCCUGUAUUCUGGGACUGGGCCGAGGGGCGGUACUGAAGCCCAUACAACUAAAACCAUGGGGGCUUCGAGAAUUUGCUUCAACAGUUUUUCUCUCUACAAAAUCAGGAGGCAAUGAAAAGGAAAAACAAAAGAAGUCUAAAACGCAACAGCCACCACAAAAUGUAGUGGCACCAAAAGGAGGGGUCAACCCAAGAGCUGAAUUUCCUAAAAAAUUAUCAUCACCUAAUUCUUAUCCAUCAGCUGUGAAUAAAGGCAAGACCAGAGUUGUUAAUAUUAACUCUGAUGACAUCAAACAACAGACAGCUGGAGAAAUCAGUAAACUUUUGCCAGGAAAGACUGUAGUAGAGUUCCCUCAAAAAGUUUCAACUUCUUCACUCAGAGCAAAAGAUACUUUAGUAACCCACCAACAGACCAAGAAAACAGCUGAAGUUGAUUUAUCUUCCUCUUCAUCUGACUCAGAUUCUGAUAGAGAAGAUAGUGUCUCAGAAAUUGUCUUGAAACCUCAGAUUGCACUCAAAACCAAAGAAGUGUUUCCACAAUGGGAAACUUUUGAGACUAAGACCCAGAGACCUUUGAAAUUAACCGAGAAGACCCAGUUCCAGAAAGCACACAUGGACUCUACACAUGUGGAGAAACCUCAUCAAUCAGAGAUGAAAUUGACUGUUGAACAAUCAGAAGCCUAUAAAGAGCCUAAAAUAACCAAAUCAGAAGUAGUAGAAUCUUUUAGAGAGCAAAGUAUAAAAGAAGCACAGAUGCAGAAAUCUAUAUUUAAGUUGAAUGAAAUGACUAAAGAAAACCAAAAGUUAGUUGAAAUUCAUAGAAAGUUAUCUGACCAAAUGGAAGGAGGAUCAUCAACCCAGUUAGAUGUAGGAACAAAAUUGUUGAUAGUGAAGAAGGAACACAGGGAAGAGAAACCAACAGCUGUUGAUUUUACAGCAGAUCAUUUUGAGAACAAAGAUGUUUUGGAGGAACAGGUACCCACCCUCCAUUUGGAAGCACCACCUCCUCGGACCCAAGAAGACAUUUUAGAGGAAAAUAUGCCAGCAGUAAACACUGAUACAAAGGAAGAAGUCUUUCAAGGGUUGGCAGUGAAGUUGAAAAAUCAAGGCAUCAUACCGGAGACUGAAAAUGCUGAGCCAUUUGAUAAUACUACAUACAAGAACCUUCAACACCAUAACUACAACACUUACACCUUCUUAGAUUUUAACCUGGAUCUUUUGAAAUUUAGGUUGCCUCAGCCAUCCUCAGGACGAGAGUCACCUAGACACUGAGUGUAAAGUUAAAAGAAAACUUUCAAGUUUCUCUGUGAUUCAACUUGUUGCUGCAUUUUCUCCUCCAUAAAUAAAGCCAAUUCAACAGAAA